AUCUCGUCCCGCCUUUGUACACUAUAUCACAAUCUAGAUUAAGCUUCCUUCUGCACUUCUAAGCUGUGAAUACGCUGGUCGCCUUUAGCCUAUAUGAUGAAAGUCUAUAAAGCAUACUGUGUUACUUAGGAGUGCUCUAGGCUACGGCCACCGCUCUUUCGGGCUCUCUCGCGAAGUCCACCGAACCGUCUAUUACUGUUUAUUUACCAUCGUUGGGUUUGCCGAGAAAAGACCAGGCCCAUCCAAUGAUUGUUGCUACACUGUCGUUCCAAUCUUCCAUCAACCCAUCACAAAGACUUGAUUGCGCCAGCUGUGACGACAUUCUGGAGAGCAGGAAGUGUGAAACAGGGCGGGCUUUGAUACAACGACAGGUUAGUAGGAUCCUACAUACAACACAAUUUACCAUGUGUGUAUAGGAUUAUAUGGACAGAUCACAGGUUCUGUGCAGGACUUACAUGUAAUAGAUCUGUGAUACUUUCAGUCGCCUGCCUGCUCAAUAUCUGAUCUAACAAGAUCAUGGCAUCCAUGGCCCCAACAGGCGCCAAAACACCAUCCACCCUACUCACCCUCCCCGGUGAAAUCCGAGAUCUCAUCUGGGAGUACUGCCUCGUCUCCCCUACCUCUCGUGUCCUACCCGUCUACUACCGCACCUUCCCCGCUGCCGACCCGCCAUCUCCCUUCGUCUGGACAGCCAUACGCCCCUUUCCCCUUCCCUGGUCGACCGAGGCCGCCGCUUACGGCGCCGCCCACGGCGCCGCCCUCCGCAUUGCCUUCACCAAGUCUCUACACCUCGUCCCCUGCGCCCCUACCACCGAGGAGCUCCUCUCCCCAACGCUCCUCCCACUCGCCCACCUCCUCCCUCUCGUCAACCUCCAGGUCCAUGCCGAAACCGCCGGCAGAUUCUGGGGUUCCAACAGGCUCGUCCUCCCCGACUACGCCGCUGGGUGCGAAGUGCUGGCGUACCUUGGUCCGGCUAGCCAGGGGGUCCAGCGCGUCGAGAUGGCAAUUGGGAAUGUGUGGGACGUGGACCGUUGGCAGGGUUGGCAAAUCAUAAUGAUGCUUAAUCAGUUGGAGCGGCUGGUGCGCGAAGGGGCGCUGGAGAUGCUGCGGCUGAAGUAUGUGAUCGGCGUCGAUGAUGGCAUGCGUAAUCAAUUAAAAGCGUUCAGCCUGUGGUAUCACAUGCUGCUUAAGAAUCGAGAAGAGAGUAAUUGGGGGAGGUGUAAGAGGGAGCUGGUGCGGGAGGACAAGAUGAAGUCGGAUAAGGUAAUGCCUUUGUUGGAGCGUUCAUGGGGGUUGGAGGAGGACAAGCAACCGGUAACUGCUUGGCAAAUGCGCAGAAUUAAGAGUCAGAAUUGGUGAUAGCAAGCAUAUAGAUAGCUAGCUGUCUAAUAAUCUACUUGACGGCUAGGUGCGCGUAGCUAUUGUUUCUCAGCUUCUUCCAGCGAUAUGCUGCGUUUGGUGUG